ACUUCGUGCAGAAGGUGUUCAACUCAAUUGACCUGGACCACUCUGGUAAGGUGUCGGCCGCCGAACUGCGUGUGGGUCUGGCAAAAUGUGGCUGUAACUAUACGAAAAAGAAUAUUGAGAAGUUCGUGCGAGAACACGACACAAAUGGAGACGGCCAAUUGGACAUCGACGAACUCCGGCGCUUCAUUGAAAUGUCCGAAGCCAGGAAGUAGCCAGCCCAAAGAACGACGGAGUGCAUAA